AAAAGGGAGGGAAGGUGACUCGACUCUAGGAAUCCGCACUCCUUUACAGUUCGUUCUCCUCCCGAGCCAGAGGAACAUUUUUCCCAUCCCGUUUCCCUCUUCUUCUAUUAAGGAAAUAACGUAUUUUAUUUUUUAUCAAGAGAGUUGAUGCGAUGUGCUGCAUUUCUUGACGGUGUGAGUUUUUGCAGGGCGUCUUUCAUUCGCAAACGGUGCAUACUUCAGAGGAGAGAGUGUUUUGCUGGAGCGAAGCAAGAAAUACAAUAUAAUGCCUUCAAUUAAACUACAGAGCUCUGAUGGAGAAAUAUUUGAAGUUGAUGUUGAAAUUGCAAAACAGUCUGUAACAAUCAAGACUAUGCUGGAAGACUUGGGAAUGGAUGACGAAGGAGAUGAUGAUCCUGUUCCUCUUCCAAAUGUUAAUGCAGCUAUACUAAAAAAGGUGAUUCAGUGGUGUACCCAUCAUAAAGAUGAUCCACCUCCUCCUGAGGAUGAUGAGAACAAAGAGAAACGAACAGAUGAUAUCCCUGUGUGGGAUCAAGAAUUUCUCAAAGUAGAUCAAGGAACUCUGUUUGAACUCAUCCUGGCUGCAAACUACUUAGACAUCAAAGGCUUACUGGAUGUGACAUGCAAGACUGUUGCAAAUAUGAUUAAAGGAAAAACACCAGAAGAAAUCCGCAAGACUUUCAAUAUUAAAAAUGACUUCACUGAAGAGGAGGAAGCCCAGGUAUGCCAAGUCCUUUUACUUAAAACAAAAUCUAUUUACUAUUUAAUCCUACAACUAUUUUAGCUUCUGUAGGCUAAA